GCGGGGCUGCCGCUGGGCGCUCGGUGCGGGUGGCCGGGGCCGGCCGUGCGCGGAGGGGCGCCCCCCGGGCGCGCCAACCUCCGUCUCUACGGGUGCCAAAGCAGCAGAGGCGGCUGCGCUCUGGGAGUGCGGCCCUGUGAGGGGGAGAUGUGUUUGGUGACGGGUCGCUACAGGCUGUCCCGCCGCAGGCCACCGAGGGGCCUCACGCUCCUCGCUGCUGAACAUAGACGAGCUGCGUUUGAUGGGCGUCGGUGAAACAACAGCAAUGACUAACCGAGAAGCAGCCGAGAUGCAAAUUUCAGAAUUAGAUUUACUCUCCAGCAUGUUUCCAUAUGAGGAAGAGUUCGCUGUGACCGACCAGCUGGCAGUAGCAGAACUAAAACACUACGUUGAAAAUGAGUCUGCAGAGAUGCCAUCUUCAAAGGUUCAGUUUACACUGAACGUAAAGCCAGAGGUCUCUAAUGCCUCUAUGGUGGAAUUCUCCAUGGCCUGUGCAUUACCGUUUAAAUAUCCAACUGUUCUACCAGAAAUUACUGUGAGGUCAUCAUUAUUAAGCCGCUCUCAGCAGAUUCACCUGAACUCUGAUCUAAAAAUGUAUUUGAUGCAAAACUGCAGUGGUGAGCCCUGCAUGUUGAGUGCAAGGGAAUGGGUUAAAGACCAUGCAGCUGCUUACAUUGACAAAGAGCUUUCAUCUUCCUCAUCGGCAACAUCAAACGCCACGCAGCCAGAUGUAAUCACAUUCACUCGAUUGUGGAUCUAUAGUCAUCAUAUUUACAACAAGCAAAAAAGAAAAAAUAUAAUUGACUGGGCCAAGGAGCUCUCUCUGUCAGGGUUUUGCAUGCCAGGGAAACCAGGUGUUGUUUGUGUAGAAGGUCUACAAAGCAGUUGUGAAGAGUUCUGGUCACGAGUAAGAAGAUUGACGUGGAAAAGAAUUCUUAUUCGGCACAGAGAAGAUGUUUCUUUGGAAGGUGGAGGACAUGCUGAGAUUCAGAAACAAAGAAAGUUCUCCACUUUGGAAGAAAAAUGUUUUGAUGCACAUGGUGCCAGGGGAAAUCAUAUGGAUUUGGGGCAGCUGUAUCAUUUCUUAGAAGAAAGAGGAUGUGCUGACAUUUUUCAAACGUACUUUGGGGUUGAAGGGCAUUGAAGGGGUUGAAGAUCUCGAGAGGUUCCAGUGCCUGCAUUUCUAAGUUAAUGAUCGUAACAGAUUCCUUAGUUGUUCGGCAACAGUUGAUCAGAGAGGGUUUCAAUAAUUUGUGGUUGAUACGAUGAAUACAGUUUUUAAUGAAAAAAAAAUUCCAGUGAAAUCUUGAUGAAAAUUACUAAAUGAAUGCUUUAUUACACUUCCUGGGUGUAAGGAGAUUUAGGGUACAUACCUAAUUGCAAUGAAAGAAAAUAUGCUUGAUAGCCUACAGGGCAGUUACAGAAUUAUAGAUGAAUGAGUUGAUGGUAUUACAGUGAAUGAAUAUAUGAAUAAGGAGAGACAAAAACGAAGCGUGGAUAUCCCAGCAGAGGAAAUAUGAUGUUUACAUUAUUUGUUACUGUUUACAUACGUGACAUGAAGACUUUUUUUUGUACCAAUCUUUUCUUCUGCUUUCUAUCUGAAAGUAUAUUAAGCCAUGAGAUUAGUGUUUUAUUAAAAAAGAAAAUUAAAAAAAAAAGGA